UCGCCACGCCUAUUUCGCGAACACGCCUUAAAUCUUCAUUCCGCCAUUCUAUCCAACACACCUUAUCGUGACAUGGUAUUUUCUUAGUAUUCGCGAUCAGACGAUCAUACACUUUCGUCUGUUCUACAAAAAACACCGAAUUUCCUUUUGUCUGCCGUGCUGUCCUUUGUGUGCAUCUAUGCCCGUAUCUCGAGUCCGGACGUGUCAAACGUGCUGAACAACAACAAUUAUUUCUCGACUCGACGCGCCGCGCUCUUGAUUUGCUAUCUCCUCGACAACCACGAAUGAUCUUUCUACGAGACGACCUCUUCACGUUCAAACUUUUUAGGACCGGUUACAGUCACGUCGAACCCGGAUUCGUCGUCAUGCCAUCCGGGCUUCUACGAUAAACCGCCAUCUCCUUUCAUAUACCUCACCGACAAUCACCUCGUGGGGUGCAUGUUAGAUUAUGACUGACAGGCCCCCAUCCGUGCCGACGCAAUCAGUGACUCCGAGUCAGACGGCCGUCCUCAGUCCCAAAUCCACACCUGCUUGGCCUCACCAUGUCUCUCACAAGACGCAGGCGCCGAUCGAGGAAGAACCCUAUACGAUCAAGUGUAUUUGUGACUUCACUGACGAUGACGGGAACACUAUAUAUUGCGAAACGUGCGAUACAUGGCAGCAUAUCGAAUGUUACUACCCCAACACAAUCGACGAAGCCUUACGAGAAGAUUUCGCUCACUCCUGUACUGAAUGCCAACCUCGACCAGUCGAUCGCCAAGGCGCUCUUGAGCGACAGCGACUACGAAGGAGUAAACCCAAUACGUCGGAAACGUCCGAGAGGAAAGUCAAACGACCUCCGACAAAGAAUAAUAAAAAGAAGACCAAACCAACAGACCUAAUACCGAAUGGCCACACCACUUCUGAUUCGAACCCUAAACACACCCACGACCACACCUCCACUCACCAACACAAAAAGUCCAAAAGCACCCACCGUCCGAACCAAUCCAUCUCCUCGCAGAACCCGAAACGCAGUCCUUCCUAUGGCCAAAAAGCUGGGAAUCCCCAUGGUCAUCCACCCAGCCCUGCUACAACACCCCCAGAUGUCCCACACGAGUUCGAGAUGCAAUACUCGAACGCUUUUUUAAAUCUAUACAAGGAUGAUCGUGAUGUAUCCAUUGUCCAAACAAAUUCCUUCGCUAGUCUUUCUAUUUCAAAUGUUUUAUCAUUAUGGCUACGAGAUGGCGACAGAUUAAGAGCAGAAACAGGAUGUUCUUUAAAGGAUGUCUUUCGACCUUUACCAUCCGACAUCGAUUCAAUUAAGGCCUCCACCCGAGUAGAAUCUAAGAAGGUUGCCGUUGGAUCGGACGCUUUCGUACACUCACAACAUCUGACAACUUCCGAAAUAAUUGCCAAGGACGUGCCAUUAAUAGAACUAAACGGUCAGAUUGGGAUACAAAAAGACUACUGCGAAGACCCAGAGAAUCGCUGGCAGGAGUUGAGCUCUCCGCUCCCAUUUGUAUUCUUCCAUCCGAUGCUCCCUAUUUAUAUCGAUACUCGGAAGGAAGGCUCUCUCGCUCGUUAUGUACGACGAAGUUGCAAACCAAAUGCAGUGUUAGAUACUUAUUUAUCCGAUAGCUCCGAGUACCAUUUUUGGCUUGUGAGCGAUCGACGUAUAGUACCUACGGAACAGAUCACCAUUCCGUGGGAGUUUAACCUUCAGAAGGAUGUGGCACAAAGAUGGGCACAGCUGCUGGGCCUUGGUGACGACGAAGCUGGCACACAACCACCUUACAACGAGGAAGAAAUGGAUACCUAUCAGAAUAUCGCCUCGUGGGUUCAUGCCAUACUUACCGAAUAUGGUGGGUGUGCAUGCGAUUUGGCAGAAGGCUGUGCAUUCACUCGAUUUCAUCGAAAUUACAUAUUAAAACCUCAACAGCAAUCGAAAGGGACCAAGGGCACCAAGAAGAAACCCCGAAAGACUAAGACGACUGCUAUCUCACCGACAAGCACCGGCCACGCUACGAAUAGCCGCGCCCCUAGUGAAGGUCACGGCGAUGAUGGGGUGGAUAACGAUUCCGGUUCGUCACGUAGUAAACCUGGGAGUCGGGAUAUGACUCCUGCGCCACGGCAAGGUUCUUUUGAUCAAUUAGGUGUAUUGACAGAACUUACCGACAGAGACAAGCGAAAGGUUCAAAUGGUUGAAGACACAUUCCGUCGAAUGGAGCAACAACAGCCUCCACGGAAGAAGAAACGAAUUUCAGAUGGCUCUAACAAUCCCACUACAGCCGCGAAGCCCAAGCCGAGAGGUUCGUCUAUUCAUUCCACCGGAGUUCCCAAUGGCGUACCUGAGCGUCGCUACGUCGAUGCUGGUACCUCACGAAGUAUGUCAGGCUCCCCAUCCAGCGCAAUAUCGCCGAACACGGUCAGCCAUUUCAAACAUGAGCCCCGGAAUGGCCCUAUGCAGGAUCCAUCACGGCCUUCUUCACAAGGGCCACGUCCGGAAUAUCGUGACAUGUCCGUUCAGACUGAUCCAGUUGACGGGCAGUGGUUUAGCAGUCUUAGGCAGGCUCCGAAACCAAAACGACGAGUUGUGUCCCUCUCGAAGCGAUUAUUAGAAUCGCGCCAUCGUUUGCGAACAGAUGAAGACCGUAGGAAAGUGGUUCAUGCUGCCUCACCUACAUCGGUUGUGUCCGCUUUGGUGAAAAUGGAUCUAGAAUCUCCCACCACAGAGCAUAGUCCAGGGCCAGCUGUCCCAGAAGUUACAAAACAAGAUAAGCCAUCACCGAUACCAGCAGAGCCGACGACCGAUACGCCCAUGAUCGACGCCCCUUCUACAUCACCUAUAGAUACCAACCCCCCGUUAGUCGUGGUUCCGACGACAACUGUUCCGAUCAAGAAUAAGUCACCUGAAUUACGCGUUCAAAUGCCACCUGUUCCCGCUUUCAAUAACUCUGUUUCGCCGAGCGUGACAACUCCGAUGUCCGCAAGCGGAACUCUAACUCAAUCGCCCUUCUCUACUACUAAUAUGCCUAGCCCCUUUACUCAAACGUCGGUGAACGGUGUCGCAGUUCAACCUAGUCCGGUCAAGAAGAAGCUCAGCUUGAGUGAUUAUACGAAAAGUCGGAUGAACAAGGCAGCUGCGGCGAAGCCGGUGGGACCCUCGCUGAAGCCGCCAGCUACAGUUAUGGAGGAGGCAAAGUCACCUACGUCAACGGAUACAGUGAUGCUGGAUUCUUCGACCGCCGAGAAAAGCAUCGACUAGAUCGCAAAUAUGAGUGGAGUGUCAAUGUUGUGAUAUAUAGGCGGAACAUCUAGUGUAUGGUUCUGCUAUCACGGUCGCUCCAUAACCUUCCUAUUCCGCAGUCGGGUAUAUCUCUCAACCACGUCCUGCUUAGAAA